GGACCCGCGGCCAACGGGCGCCGCCCGGCGGGAGGCGUCCAGCCCGGGGUCCGCGCGUCGCCGAGGCCCCACCGCGCGGGUGACACGAGCCGGAGGCAUCACCUCCGGGAAGAGUUGAAGACUAGCCAGAAAAAAAAAAAAGCACUGGACAAAUGCUGGUUCCAAAACCAUGACCGGUGUCAGCACACCUCUGCUGAGUUGAAAGCCGAGCCGGGCACGGAUGAGCGGGGAGCCCUGAGAGGGGCUGCUGUCAGUUUCCAUCUCCUUGUACGAGGCCCUUUCACUGGGGACACCAGGUUCGUCUUUUCAGAUGAGGUGCUCCAAGCCGCGCUGUCAGAAUCGCAGCAGACACCUGGCACGUGUCCCCUGUCCACUCCACAGCUAGUGACACGCACAUAGCCGUCCCGGGGAAACGCUGCGGCCGGGGCGCCGGUGACCUCCUUGCUGUCUCACGUGUGGUUCUUAGGUGUCUUUUCAGAAUGCUCGGAGGUGCCUCUCAAGUUUCCUUGCAAAGAACCCUCAUAAGGGUGUGGCCUCCGAGUGGCCUGAAUUUCUCAUUUCCACCAUUAAGUUAAGUAAGGAAUCCUCAAACUCAAGAGCUGAGAAGCAUGUGCAUUUAGUGCAAAGCAGCUGGCGGCUGUCCACGAGGACUGGCUCAGAGAGGCCUGGUGCAUGGGAGCCCAGGAGAGGGAAGGCUCCGGCCCGUGAUGAGUGGCCGCGUCCCACUGGCGGAGAAAGCCCUGUCUGAAGGCUACGCCCGGCUCCGGUACCGGGACACGUCCUUGCUGAUCUGGCAGCAGCAGCAGCAGAAGUUGGAAUCUGUGCCGCUGGGGACGUACCUGAGCAGGAGCCGAAGCAUGUGGUACUCACAGUACGGAAACGAGGCCAUCCUAGUCCGGGACAGAAACAAGCUCGAGGUCUCCCGGGACACAGGGCAGUCCAAGUUCUGCACGAUUAUGUGAUUCUGGGGUGAAAAACCAGUGCCAGGCUCCAAGCUGUCUUGCUGACUCCUAGUCCUUACGGGGAGGUUUUGAACAGUGAACAUAAAGACUGAGAUGCAGUGAAGGGACCCAGGAAUCUCAGAGAUGGUGCCCCAGGCCGCGGGCAGUCAGGGGGCUGGGGGACUGGGCUUCCGGGCUCCUUCUGACCUCCCAGGUGCUGCAGGCACAGCCCAGGCCGGGGCACUCUAGACGCAGCUUUGGUCCCGCUUCCAAAGAAAUCAAGCAAGAGUGACGCCGUGGUUGCAGACAGCCCUUCCACAUGCUCAGAGGUGGUUUUUAGGAUUCACUUCUGCCUGGUAAAGAAUGGGUCAGAGCUAGAAACAGGGGGUGGAACUGGCAUCAUGUGUGGUCGAAAACCCACUUGCAGGACCAAGGUGGACUUCCCUUAAAUGGUCAGCAGCUGCGGCAUUUCAGCGGGAACUUUGUGGCCCUUGAAUUUUGAUUCUAAUUGUGAAACUGAUUGCGUGUGAUGCAUCGUGUGUGUAGCUUCUAUACUUGGCCUCCUAAUACUUGAGACUUGAGGGCAAACGCAUCCAAAAAACAUCAGGGAAACCCCAAAUCCAUUAAGUUACGCACCAGUUGUUUACAGGGAUUUCAAAUUUAAUCACAGGGCUUCAAAAGGCAGGUUCUCAGCUGAUAGUAUUUCAGCCUCCUUGCUCCGAGUGUUCGUCAUUGUGUGUUGGUCAUUACCACGCACCGGCAGCCUUGGCCCACCUGUGGGCGGUUUUCCGCGUCAUUUUGAAAGGCUCUGCUGCCUGCUGGAAUUAAAGCCCAUGUGGCAAGGCCAGUGUGGAAGAA